UAAAUAACAAAAUACAUAUCAAAAUCAUUGUUCUCUCUCUCUCUCUCAUUUCCCUCUCAUUCAACAAGAAUGGCGUUUCGAUUCAAGAAUCAAAACCCUAAAUCAUCUUCUAUAUACUCUAGUAGCCCUUUCAACCAAAUCGAAACCCCUCCUUUACUUUCAUUACUCCAACGUACCACGAAUCAUUCAACAACAACAACAACAACAACAACGACUAAUCCUUCUAACACCAACCCUAAAAAAUCAAGAAAAUCAUCUACUAGUACAAGUGGUGGCAUUCUUAAAAUGUUCAAACUCCUUCCUAUGUUAACAACCGGUUGCAAAAUGGUUGCAUUACUAGGUGGACGUCCAAGAAACAAACCAAUGUUAACAGAUAAAGCUACAACAAUUACAUUAUUUGGUUACAAAAAAGGUAGAGUAAGUCUAGCAAUUCAAGAAGAUCCUCAUAGACUUCCCAUUUUCGUGAUCGAGCUACCGAUGCUUACCGGGGUUUUUCAUAAGGAAAUGGGAUCAGAUAUAGUAAGAUUGGCAUUAGAAAGUGAAACUAAGACACAUAAAAAGAAAGUGUUAGAGGAAUUUGUAUGGGCUGUUUAUUGUAAUGGAAGAAAAUUUGGUUAUUCAAUAAGAAGGAAUAAUAAAAAUAUGAGUGAUGAUGAAGCUCAUGUUAUGCAAUUAUUAAGAGGUGUUUCAAUGGGUGCUGGAGUUUUACCUUGUCCAAUAUUAGUACAUGAUAGUAAUAAUAAUAAUAAUAAUGUUGAUGGAGAAAUAACUUAUAUGAGGGCAAGAUUUGAUAGGGUUGUUGGAUCAAAAGAUUCAGAAACAUUUUAUAUGAUUAAUCCUGAUGGUGCAUCUAGUCAAGAAUUGAGUAUUUUCUUUGUAAGACUUCAUUGAUCAGACGUCUCGAGUUUGAGUACUCCAGAAAAAUGACUUAUAUCCGGUAUAUAUAUAUA